CUCCGGUUGCAGAGUUGAGUGUCCUGAGAGGUCAGAUUGCCGUCAGACAUGGCUCAUGAACAUGGACGUAGUAAAAUGGAACUUCCAAAUUAUAAACAAUGGAAGAUAGAAGGGACACCAUUAGAAACUGUCAAGAAGAAGUUGGCUGCGCAAGGGCUAAGGGAUCCAUGGGGUCAAGGUGAAGCUUGGAGAUACAUGGGUGGCUUUGCAAAUAGUGGUUCCUUUAUUGGUGCAUUAUUAAAAGGAUUCAAGUGGGGAUUUGCUGCAUUUGUGGGAGCUGUAGGAGCUGAAUAUUAUCUGGAGUCCCUGAAUAAAGAUAAGAAGCAUCACUGAGGAUAAUACCUGGAAGUACCAUAGUGGUUU